AUGCUUCUUCGUAACUUACGAAGAUAUUCUACCACCUCUCGUCUUACGAAAGAAGAAGUUAAAGCCCUCUUAAAAUCGACUCAUUGGUCGAUCGAAUCUCUCACGGCAAGCAACCAGACAGGAACAGAUGCUAUCAAACCAAAGACUCUAUCUAAAAUGCUAAAACUCUCUGGUUUUCAAGAAUCCGUAAGUAAAGAAAGGGAGCAAGUCCUUAUAAACAGUUUGAGAACGCAGAUGGGUUUCAUAAAUCACCUCUACGAUAAUCAAAGCGAUGCUCUUGCUCAGACCGACGAGCCCUUGCAUAGCUUCAGACUACUUGUCUCAGACCAUCAGCCUGGAAGUCCUUUGACAUUGAAUGAUAUAAAAGACCAGAUAAAAAACCAAGUGCCCGAUUCAACGAAGGGAGAAACUCAGGAAUGGGGCGCUACGCAUAACUCAAAGCUGAACAUAGAGGGUAGCAAGAUUGACGAUGAGUAUUUCACUGUCAAGCCAUUCAGUAAUGAAGAAACUAAAUAG